UAAACGGCUACAAAAUUGAGUCGGACAAACGGGAAAUGUCCGGCGACCACAAGACGGUGCUCCAGGGCAGCCCUUCGCAGUACGUCAAAUUGAAUGUAGGCGGUUGCCUGUUCUACACAACGAUCGGGACCCUGACCAAGCAUGAUACCAUGCUCAGUGCGAUGUUCAGCGGUCGAAUGGAAGUCCUGACCGACUCGGAAGGAUGGAUUCUAAUCGACCGCAGUGGCACACAUUUUGGAACAAUUCUCAACUACUUACGAGAUGGUCGAGUACCGCUCCCAGAGUCCCGCAAAGAAAUCGAAGAACUACUCGCCGAGGCCAAAUACUACUGCAUAUCCGACCUAGCUGUAUCCUGCGAACGUGCUCUUGUGAAAAACAUGGAACCUGAACCGAUUUGUCGAAUCCCGCUAAUCACAUCACAAAAGGAAGAACAAAUGCUUAUCAACAACUCAACAAAGCCAGUGGUCAUGCUCGUGGUGAACCGACACAACAACAAGUACUCGUACACCAGCACCUCCGAUGACAAUUUGCUCAAAAACAUUGAACUCUUCGACAAGCUCUCUCUUCGCUUCAGUGGAAGGAUACUUUUCAUUAAGGAUGUGAUAGGAUCGAGUGAGAUUUGUUGCUGGCUGUUCUUUGGACAUGGGAAACGGGUGGCGGAAGUGUGUUGCACAUCGAUUGUCUAUGCAACCGACAGAAAACACACGAAAGUUGAUUUUCCAGAGGCAAGAAUCUAUGAAGUUACCCUACAGGUUUUGCUGUAUGAGAACCGUAACGCUCCGGAUCAGGAAUUGUUGCAGGCCACGUCGUCCGUCCGGGGGGGAGGUGGUGGCGGUGGUGGUCUUCAAUUGUACACUAGCGACGAAGAGGAAGAACGUAGUGGCUCCGCUCCAAAUCGAUCGAAACAGGCGAAUAACCCAAUAUGAUUUGCAAAUCAGCUCAUAGUGAUUACUAAAAAUGGACUAUUGCCAAAGAAAAAGUAGAGGAUUUUUUUUCAAUUUGUUUGUCCAUUGCAUCUUUUUUCUAAUUUAGAUAAUUAGCUAUAACUUGUUCGAGUCAGGAUGGAAUUUGAACCGUUUUUGAUCACUGAUAAGAUAAUAUCGAAAGAUUCAAAGGUUUCAAAAAGCAGAAAUGCCUACUUUCGAAAGAGAUUUGCAGAUCCCCUGGAAAUCCUGAUUCGAAUUCCAUACACAUGCACUUGCACUUUAUUUAAUCUGAUUCAUUUGGAUGAUUACGUUCGUUCAUAAUUGUCUGAGCGAGUUAUCCUUUCAUUAAAUAUUCAGAAGUCACGACGUUGUGGGUGUAUAUGAAGAAACUAACUAAUCUAGAGCUGUCGAUCCAUGAAUUUAUCGUCCUAACAAAGGAGUUUUAAUCAGAGUUUUAUCGAGAGCGACAAAUAGGUCUCAGGAAUAAAUUGACCGUAGCGCAUUCACAGUAGUUGCAUGGAUAUGCGGACUCAUCAUUCGAGAUAGAUAUGAACAAUAAUAUUAAUAAUACGAGGAAGCAUAAGAAAAGUAAAUGUUUACUAGUGCUCCGGGAAAAUGUUGAAAUAUUUGUGAAAGUAAUACGCUCAAUACUAUUAUACAGUACUUUUCUUGUAGCAAAUGGUUGGUCUGAAAUUUACUGAUCAAAGAAUGGAGGUUCAUUUCUUCGAUUCUGUGAGAGUAGUGGGAGUUGGGAGAGUUGCGACCUGAUACAAAUGUAAGGUUCUAAGCUCUGCAUAUAGUUUUUUUGGGGUCCAUUUUAGAUGAUAUGAAAAAAUAUUAGGAUUGAAGAAGUGAACGGAGUUACUUUGGUCAUUUGAUAGAAAUAAACGAAACUAAGCUCGCACAGGCGAGCAAACAUGUACAAAGAUGUGUAUUCUUAAGAACCAAUGAAAAUUGCUUUUAUUUAUACUUAUUGUCUUUGUAAAAACUGAUUUUGCAUUUGGCAACCAAGAAUUUGAAAGUUUUUAAAGUAAAUUGGAUGUGUUGUAAGUAGAUAAGAAUUUAACAAGGCAUAAAUGCUAGAAUUUUCAAAUGAAUGUGUAUUUUGUUCACUAAAAUAUUCCAUUUUCGACUUUAUUGACUGUUUAGAGAAGUAAAAAAAAACUUUCUGGUUUUCAUAUAUGCUGUGCUGCGGCUCUUUUAUUAUUUUUAUGACGAGUUACUCAUAAUUGAAAUAAAAAAUAACUGUGUAACA